AGCUGGGGCGGACGAGAGGUGUCUAGCGGCUCACCCUUAUCGCAUUCAUCAGUAUUGUUCCGCCGGGGGAGGGCCUCGGGCGUUCGCCCUCGGCUUCCCUGGGACUCGGGCAUCUGGCGCACCAGCAGACAGCCGCUAAGGAGGCGAGCGGUGGUGACAACUCAAGGAGGCGAGAACGACCAAUACCUCGCCACCAGUGCAGGAUCCCGUGGAGGCCGAUGCAUGUGAGGCCGAUGUUGAGGCUCUGGUGACACAUAUCAGCUUCGUCUUUGUGAGCUUCUUCGUCUGGCUCUCCGGCGGCGGCUCCGACGUGUGCCAUGUGGUGUCGCUGCCAGGGGUGAAUCUUCUGCAUGUGGCGUUCUUCAUUUUCUUUAACUGUUGGGGUGGCGAUGGUUUCUUUUCCUCUUCUGAUUUGGGUGAGGCGAGUACCGAUGCUGGUUCCCUUUCAGAGAAAGCAAGUGGCGCGCUGGUUCCUGCUCUGAGAAGGCAUGGUGUCGUCGAUCUCUUUAGUGGGCGGGAGGUGCGGAUCUCUUCGGCUGCGUGUUUGGUGCCUGCUUGGCUGCUUCUUCGUCAGGGUCGAACCAUCUGCUGCCGAUUCCUUCUUCCUCUGCAUCGAUUUCUUCGGAGGGAGGCUGUAGCUGUGUCGGCUGGCGGGUUUGCAUCCCUUGCGUCCUUCUUCUACCUACUCAGAGGCUUGUGAUUGAUUUGGAGCUUCCCUGAUAUGAAUCAACCAAGCUAGCGUACACUACAAUUCAGUAUGCACACAAAUGUUCACAUUUUUUUUUGAGUAGUUAAAUAGUUAAAACAUUCCCCUCUAGAUCGAUAGUUUGUUACUCCUGAGUGGUUGAAUGUUUUAAUAAAUUACCACAAAAUUUUAAUAAGUAAAAUCAGGGUGUCUUUUCUUUAUAUAGUUUGGUGGUGACUUUAUUCAUAAAAUUUGUACAAGUGUUGUAGCUCGGCCGCUUAAGAAGAUUGAAUAUACAGGAGAUGGUUAUCGACAAGAGCUUGGUGGCAUCGGUGGUAAAAAUACAACUGACAUCUUAAGUCUGUUUCGUUUGGUAUGAAACUAUGAAUACAGGGGUAAGCAAAUUUGUUAUUAUCCUACUUGCUCAACCAUUACUAAUUUCAUUUCCAGGUAUAUCAGUCUGCAGUUUAUGUAAUACAAGCAUAUGGGGGUUCCAUGCGGACAUAAGGAAUUCACGAUGGUUCUCGCUGAUUUAACAUCAUUUAGUGUAUAUGCCAUCAGUCAAGAUAAUGUUGAAUUUAUGAGUUAGAAAUGAUGCUGAAGAAAGUAAGCCACUCAGGCUACCAUCGGUCCAGUGUCGUAUUGAGCACCACAUGUUGUCUUCUAUUGUAGGACACCUUAAUGGUAGUGUAAUAUAUCUCCAGCAUAGGUUACUUUUAAUCAAUCAUCUAUUUGUUUGGAGUGGUUUCAUUGCCAUUUGGUAAUGUAAAACAUAUCCUGUAUCACCACUUAAAGCACAAACUAUGCAUUACAGAGCCGUCUCCACAGUCAAUGGCUAGCUAUUUCUGUAUUUUUUUCUCAUCCAAUCCUUGAGUCAUUAAAGAAGCGAUUCUAUAAAGGUUAUAGCACGCUCAUGAAUGUGAUAACACUUCAGGUUAGACUUGAUGUUACAAACUUAAAUCAUUGGUUAUGGUUAUCUAUUAUAUACUCCCUCUAUUCCUAAAUAUUUGUCUUUUUAGAGAUUUCAAAUGGACUACCACAUACGGAUGUAUAGACAUAUUUUAGAGUGUAGAUUCACUCAUUUUGCUCUGUAUGUAGUCACUUGUUGAAAUCUCUUGAAAGACAAAUAUUUAGGAACGGAGGGAGUAUAUUUUUAGCUAAAUUAUACGUGAAAUGGAUGAUGAUUGCCUUCUGUCUAAAAAAAGAUGAUUUAAAGCUGCAGUGUGGUUUCCUUUUUGGCUAAUUCAGUUUUGGCUCUGUACAUGAUGCUUCUGACCACCAUGUUGAACUAUUUCCAAAAUCAUAUAAUUGAUGCUGAUGUCGCCCCAUUGUGAGCAGCAGAGGUGUGAUGCGGCCAAAGGCUGAUCUCCAAAUCUCCACCAAAUGAAUGGAUGGUAACCUGAGGAUACAAGGCCAGAGUUUGUGAUUCAACAAUGGGACAGAUUGUGGACACCCCUUUCUUUACACUGGAACUUGAGCAUGGUGGGCUUUUCUAUGGACCAAGAAAUAACAUGGAGUACUAUAAUCCUUCUGUGGAGGUGAUUGACUAUGUUGAUGCUGGCACAUUCUCAUAUUCAGCUAUUGAAGAGCACUUGCUAUGGUUGGGAUAUCCUGUGGCUGAGCACAUAAUUUAUUGGUGCAUGCCUGACAAAAUGAUUUCAGAUGGUAUGUUGAGAAUUAGAGGUGAUGAGGAUGUGCAACACAUGAUCAGAGCUAGUAGUCAGCAUAAGGUGCUUGCACUAAUGGUUGACCAUGCAGAUUUCAUCAGUAAUUGCAAGGAAGAUUUGGUAUCGACAGUGCCAACAGUUCACAGUUUUGUCAUGAUGGCCAGGUCAAAUAUUGUUGCAGCCAGUGUAGCAUCUUCUCACAGCCUCAUUUCAAUAAUUGAAGAGCUCAUUUCAGAGGUGGCAGCAGAUAACAUAGAAGCAGACAACUUGGUUGCUAAUGGAACAGAAAUAGAGACUUUGCUAACUGAUGGUGCAGAGGAUGUAGUGCUCUCAGAUUCAGAGUUCAGUGAUAGUGAUUAUGACAUAGAUGAUGGAGAUGAUGAUUUAUAUGAAGACAACAUUGAUUUUGAUGUUUGAUGAAGAAGCUGAGCAAGUUGAGGAAGAGGUGGAGCCAGACUAUUUACUUGAGGAUGAAGAUCUAAACCUCUUUGUUGAAGGGCAAGAGCAACUGGAAUACAAGUUCAAAGCUUUCAAUUCCAAGGUGGACAUGAAAUCCCCUAUAUUUAACUUAGGGAUGGUAUUUGCUGAUGUGGUUGUGCUGAGGAAAGCCCUUACUGCUUAUUCUAUAAGGAAUAGAGUGCAAAUCAAGAAGGUCAAGAAUGAUAAGAUGAGAUUAGAGGCUGUCUGUCAGAGAGGUUGCCCAUGGCUGCUUAAAGCUAGCAAGGACAACAAGACUGGAGGAUUUGUCAUGAAGGCCUACUUUGGAGAGCAUGUCUAUCAGAAAAAGUGGAAGUUGAAGGAUUUGACAGCUAAGUUUCUUUGCCAGUUGUUCUUGGAUGAAUUUAGAGAUGACCAGAAGAUGUCACUUGGAACAUUUUCAAGGAAAAUUACUAAGGAAUUCAAUGUUACUCCUAACAGAUGGAAGCUUGCUAGGGCUAGAAAGGAAGCACUUAAUGAGAUUCAUGGUGAUGAGGAAGAGCAAUUCAGUAGGCUUUGGGACUAUGGACAAGAAUUGAGAACCAAAAACCCUGGGUCUACAUUUCUGCUCACAACUUCAGUGGUGAAAGAUACAAAAUUUCCAUUGGGCAGGAAAUGUUUGAAAACAUUGUACUGGUCAUAUGAUGCAUGUAAGAGAGGAUGGCUAAAGGGCUGCAGGCCAAUCAUUUUCGUUGACGGUUGUCACAUGAAAACAAGGUUCAAAGGAGUGCUACUUAGUGCUGUUGGUAUUGAUCCCAAUGACUGCAUAUUCCCAAUUGCAAUUGGAUGGGUGGAAGUUGAGUGCACAGGUUCAUGGGAGUGGUUUCUGACCACUCUCAGAGAUGAUCUCAACAUCACUAACACUGCCCCUUUCACAAUCAUGAGUGACAAACAGAAAGGUUUAAUAAAUGCAGUGCACAAAGUUUGGCCAGAUUAAGAACACAGGUUUUGUGUCAGACAUAUUUACCAGAAUUUCAAUGAGAAGCACAAAGGAGAGGUACUGAAGAAAGACUUGUGGGCAAUUGCAAGAUCUCCAAACAAAGUGAAGUGGAGAGAAAACUGUCAGAAAAUGGAUGACCACAGUUCAGCUGCUUUCCACUGGACUGAAAGACUAGAGUGGAAAACUUGGUGCAAAGCAUUCUUCAGUGAAUUUCCCAAAUGUGACAUCCUGCUCAACAAUAACUCAAAGGUUUUUAACAGCUACAUCCUUGAGGGCAGAGAAAUGCCAGUGCUCAGCAUGCUUGAGUACAUUUUCUAUAAGAUGAUGGACAGGAUUGUUAGAAAACAAAGAGAAGCUAUUGAAAAGUGGGCAGGCCAGAGAAUAUGUCCCAAGAUCAAGAAGUUAGAUAAGAACACAGAGUUUGCUGCUAAUUGCCAUGUAACAGAAGCUGGCCAGCAAAUCUUCAGAGUUCAGUCUGGUAACAAUAGCUACACUGUGGACCUCUGCUUGUACAUAUGUGAUUGCAGGAGAUGGCAGUUAUCUAGAGUACCAUGUGGCCAUUCCAUAGCAUGUUGCAGGGAGGAGAGAAUUGACCCAGAGACACUGGUUCAUGAGUGCUAUACUGUUCAGACAUAUCUCAAAGCUUAUGGAUACACUCUUGUCCCUCUUGCAGACCCUAAGAAGUGGGAGAAACAUAAUGGCUAUAAGGUGUAUCCACCAGUGUUCACCAAACAGUUGGGUAGACCCAAGAAAAAUAGGAAGAAGACACCAGAGGAGAAGAUCAAGAAUGGUGUUAGGCUUUUGAACAAAAAAGGUGUUACAAUGCACUGCUCUAUUUGUGGGAGAGUUGAUCACAAUAGAAAGGGGCAUUACAGAUGGCAGGAGGCUCUCAUUGCAGAAGGGGUAGAGGUUGUUGAUGAGAACUAUGAUGACCCAACAUUUCUUCAGAACAUCUUCCCUAACCAGCCAGAUCCUUUACUGGAUCCAAUUGGCACACCAUUCAGUAUGGUCUACAACAUGACUCAGAGAGAGCUUGCAAGAAGAGCUCCUCAGAGGGUUCAUGGGCCACUGCCUAAGCAAUCUGCAUUUGUUGCUGCUGCUGGUGCUGCAAUACCUCAGCCAAGGAUCACUACAAAAAUGAACAUAGGUAGACAGACAAGGGCAACCACAGUAGCUGACAAAGGAGAAGGAUUUAGUAGGGGAAGAGGAAGAAAAAGACAAAGAAAUCCAGAUGCAGGCAGAGGAGCAACUACAGAGAGAGGAAGAGGGUCAAAUUCAGUUGCAGGCAGAGGAAGAGGGUCAAAUUCAGUUGUAGGCAGAGGAAGAGGGUCAAAUUCAGUUGCAUGCAGAGGAAGAGGAGCAAAUGCAAAUGCAGGUAGAGGAAGAGCAGCAAAUGCAAAUGCAAGGAGAGGAGAAGUUCCAUCUGCAGGGAUAGGAGAAGCAGCAAAUGCAAAUGCAUAUGCUUGAAGAGGAGGAGCAGUAAAUGUAAAUCCAGAUGCUUGGACAUGAGGAUCACUGCCAUUUGCAGAGACAGGAGGAUCAAUGCCAUUUGCAGGGAGAGGAGGAUCAAUGCCAUUUGCAGGGAGAGGAGGAGCAGCAACAACAAAUACACAUGCUUGGACAGGAGGAUCAAUGCCAUUUGCAGGGAGAGGAGGAGCAGCAACAGUUCCACAUGCAGGAUGGAGAUGGCUUCUGUUUGGAGAUCAGAGGACAAUUCCUGAUCUUAAUGCUCCUGCUGAUGAUUUCAUGGCACCACAUUAAUGAAUAGGUGGCAGUUAUUGUCUGCCAUACUUUUUGUUAAGGCCUACAUUAAUUUAAAUUAUGGACAGGCCUUUUUUGAUAGGCAAACAGUGGCUUAUAUUGUCUACUUUUUGAUGGCAAACAGUGGCAUUCAUUGCCCUUUUUGUAACUAAAUUUGAU